GAGUGAAUGCUGAGCAUCCCACAGUGACCAUGAGACAAGGCAGCCACAGGCAUCCUGUACAGGUGGAAGCCAUCGGGGUAAUGCAGCAUGGGAAGCACAAGACGUAUAUGUUUUCAGUGCUCUGGUCGGACCACAACAAAGUUCUCAUCUACAGGACUUUUGAAGAGUUCAAAAACUUCCAGAAGGAACUUAAACAACAAUUUCCUCUUGAGUCUGGAGUGUUAAAUAAAUCAGAGAGAAUUAUACCCAAAUUAAAAGGUGCUCCCCGCCCCUUCGCAAAGAAAAAAGAGUCAAAAAAGUUCUUGGAGACGUUGGAAAGGCUUGAGACUUACUCCCAAACGCUGCUGAACCUUGACGCCAAGAUAUCUCAGUGCGAUCUAGUGGUUCAUUUUUUCACGCUGAAGGAUAACGACCUUAAACCUUCCUUCUCAGAUAACAGCAUUGUAAUUAUGCCUUCUGAGAAGAAAGAGGAGAAGACAGUCGCUGACGGCCAUAUCCCAGAAAUCUCAGGACCCCUGGUGGCUUCUAGCUUUCUUUGUAUUGAGGACUUUGAAAGCAUUGACUUGAAGAACAGACCAUUCCGAGUCAAGAGAAACCAGAUCUUGGAUGUGUUAUUACGAGAAAGCACAGGUUGGUGGCUGGUUGAGAAUGAGGACAGGCAACUAGCCUGGUUCCCGGCCCCUUACUUGAAGGUCGACAGAGAUGCUGACGAGAACAGUGGGGACGAGGAAAGCCAAGAAGAAGGUACAUUAUCUGUGGUGGUAAAAGCCCAUGAAGCCCAGAACCCUGAUGAAAUUUCGGUGAGCAUCGGCACAGUGGUGGAAGUUCUGAAAAAAUCCGACAGCGGCUGGUGGCUGAUCAGAUACAACACAAGGAAAGGAUAUAUUCCGUCUGCCUUCCUGAAGCCAUACGCGAACCACUAUGAGAGAUUCCAGAACAUUCUCAGGAGGGAGAGAAAUAUCUCAGUUUCAAACCUACUACCAAACCAAAGAGAAGACAGAAGCAACCCUGAGGAAAGGGAGAGAUCCCAGUCACUGGGGUCCGAAGCUCGAUCUUAUAUAGAUUCCGACGUGGACAGUUUGAUGGAGUGCAACAUGAACUCAAACUCUGCCUCCGACGACAGCUCUUCGUUCAGCAGCUCCAAACAAUCUAUUUCCAGCGUGGAGACCACGUCCGACGUUCCCAAGGUCCCAGCAAGGCCAAAGCCGGAUGAGAUCCUUCAGAAAUGUAGUACGGUCACAAGGAGAGCUGUAGGGAAAUCGCUAGCCAGGCUUAGCCUAGAGGGAGCUUUUGGAGACCAACAGAUGCUUCCAGAAGAACGGGAGAAAUAAAGUCACGUUAAAGUUGCUGUUCCACCUAUCGUGCUGAAUUUUAACCCUUUUAUAACUAAAUGUAGCAUCGGAAGCCUCCAUCCUACGAAUGUUAAAUGCCCAAUCUGUUCAAAGUAAUCAUUUUUUAGUCAUGUAAAAUGUUUCCUUAUUCAUAAUUUUUUUUCAGGGAAUGUGAUAUGUAAAUGCAGGCAAUAAUAGGUUGUUGCCAUGGAAACUAAAAAAAGGCUUCUUCUGUGUUU